AUGGGGAUCCAGGGCCUGCUGCAGUUUAUCAAGGAGGCCGCCGAGCCUUCCCAUGUGAAGAAAUACAAAGGGCUGACGGUAGCUGUGGACACCUACUGCUGGCUGCACAAAGGCGCCUACGCUUGUGCUGAGAAGCUGGCCCGAGGAGAGCCCACGGAUUUUUACGUAGCUUUCUGUAUGAAACUUGUUCAUAUGCUCCUCUCGUUUGGAAUCAAACCAAUUUUGGUAUUUGAUGGAUGUACCCUACCUUCUAAGAAGGAAGUGGAAAAGGCACGACGAGAGAGACGUCAAGCCAGUCUUCUGAGAGGGAAACAAUUGUUGCAGGAAGGGAGACUGUCAGAAGCUAGAGAAUGUUUUGGGCGCAGUGUAAAUAUUACCCAUGCUAUGGCUCAUGAAGUUAUUAAAGCUGCACGAGCCCAGGGAGUUGACUGUAUUGUUGCUCCUUAUGAAGCUGAUGCUCAGCUGGCUUAUCUUAAUAAGGUUGGCAUAGUUCAAGCUAUAAUUACGGAAGACUCUGAUCUUUUGGCUUUCGGAUGUAAAAAGGUGUUUCUGAAAAUUGACAAGUUUGGAAAUGGACUAGAGAUAGAUCAAAGUCGGCUAGGAAACUGCAAGCAGCUUGGAAAUGUAUUUACAGAAGAGAAAUUCCGUUAUAUGUGUAUUCUUUCUGGUUGUGACUACCUCCCUUCAAUUCAUGGAAUUGGGUUAGCUAAAGCAUGCAAGUUACUAAAAUUAGCCAACAAUCCAGAUAUUAUAAAGGUUAUUAAGAAAAUGGGGCAGUACUUGAAGAUGAAUAUAACAGUAUCAGAAGAAUACAUACAGGGUUUUACCAGAGCUAAUAAUACAUUCCUGUAUCAGUUAGUUUUUGAUCCUGUCAACAGAAAAUUAGUUCCUCUGAAUGCAUAUGGAGAUGAUGUUGAUCCAGAAACACUAACUUACGCAGGACGACAUGUUGGUGAUGGUACUGCUUUUCAAAUUGCUAUUGGCAAUAUUGAUAUCAAUACAAUGGAACAAGUUGAUGAUUAUAACCCUGACGUGGCACAGCCUGUGCAGCAGAGAAGUUGUGGCUGGAAUGACCGACGUGAUAAUCAUGUCAGUAGCAUUUGGAGCAGAGAAUACAAGUUUGACCCCACUGAAGAUCCUGCUCCUCCUAAAAUGUAUUUCCCAGAGAAACCAAUAACUAAAGGCAUGGAGAAAAUAAUCAGUCUUAAAGGACUAAAGCUUGCAGGCAAAGAGCUCUUGGCAAAAAGGCCAAGGAGUGAUUCAGAAGAAAUCUCAGAUGGAGAUCUGUUGAAGCAAUAUUCAUUUUCAAAAACAAAAAGAAUCAAGAAGGAGAAUGAUAAUGAUGGUCAAGCACAAAAGAAUGUGUCAGCAAUGAAAAGUCUUGAUUCUCCAGGAAUUUCCAUCACUCAAGAAAGCUCUAACUCUGUACCCAGAGUUAGAAAUAAAUUUGCUUCAUUUUUACAAAAGAAAAGCAAAGAGAAGGAUGCUGUAAUUGUUCCAGGAACAAGAAGCAGGUUUUUCUGCAAUGAUGCAGUUGUGUUUGACAGUACAGCAAAGAAGGAAGAUGGUGAUUUAACUCAAGAUGCUGAGCAGGAUUGCCAGAAACAGGAAGUAAAACAGGUAGCUGAAGAUGUUUCUAGGUUUUCAGAAAUUGAAAAAUCAUCACGGACUGUGUCUGCACCUUCUGGAGAAAUGCAGAAAAGUUAUUUCCAGUGGUUUAGCAGCCUCAAAAGUAACUCAGGAAAUCUUGGUCCAUCUCAUGUUGUAUUUUCACAGCAGUUUUACCAGCAGAGAAACAACUGCACUGUAUCCCAGGAAGAUCAGAUUAAUGGGGCAAUGUGUGAUGAAUCAGAGGAAGAGUCCACUCCCUUAAUAGAACUGGAACAGUCAUCACAGUCUGAUGGGUCUUGUGAGCCAUCAGAAUGCAGUUUGGAGUCUUCAGAAAUCCUACAAGAAUCUGAUUCCACUUCAAAACUAAAUGAUGGUCGGUGUUCUCUGUCUCUGCUGUUUUCUGCUGCUCAAACUAACAAAAAAAGUACAAUCAUAAAGACCAAGGUUCCUGGAUUACAUAAAUCCAGUAAUAUAAGGUCACAUAUGGUAACAAAGCUCAAGCCAUUGAUACCAGCUAAAGUAAGUGGACUAAGCAGGAAACUGUCACCUGUGCAGAAGAGAAAGGACUGUGAUACUGAAAAUAAGCUGGGGCUGCAAUCAAUGCAAUCAGUUGGUGACCUCUGGAAAAACUUCCAAUUUAAAAGGGAGUAUGAAAAACUUCCUUCUUGUAGAAAGUCAGAUCCUUUGUCUCCAAUCAAAGAUAAUAUACAGCUCACUCCAGAAACAGAAGAAGAAAUUUUUAAUCGUCUGGAAUGUAGUCAUGUUCAGAGAGCUAUAUUCCAAUGA